UGACGAUCUUUGUUGGCAUUUUUUUUUCCUGUGACGCGGAUGUCUGGUUGGCUGUCACGUAAAACUGGCAUCUCUCCUCCGGGUCGAAAACAGUGAUGCCUUCUGGAAGCCAGUAUUAACAAGGCUGCGUGAACCUCUCUGUGUUGUCGUUGUGCUAAGUCCGCCGUCAGUCUAGAUGAGAAGAGAUGAGCCUCUGCGAUCCUAGAAGUUGUCACCAUGAGCAUGAAGAACCUGGGCGGAGCCUUGGGAGACUCCCUGGGCUCUAGCCUGGCGGUGCGGAUGAGCGGGGCAGCCGGUGGAUGGAGUGCUCUCUCCCUGAAACCCGUAGCCCCAGUGCGCAUUGGCUCCAUUUUCCAGACCAUGGUUCCCACUGGCUACACCAAGCUGCAGGAGGAUCGAUUAGCCACGGUGGACCUGGGGGGGAAACCCGAGGCCAGCUCGCUGCAGAACGGCUACAGACAGGAGGCGACUCACAUAGAGGGCCGGCGGAUCGUGGAGCGGGCCUCCCGCUCCUCCAUAACUCUGUCGGACUGUGGAGAAGGGGGCUGCGCUGAGACAGAGCCCAUGCUGGCAGAGUGGAGGCUCUCCGGGGACGACGCCAGCGACGAGGAGGAGGAGAAGGAGGAUACAGUGGAGGCGCUGGGGUCAGAUGGGUCCAAUAUGCCCAAAGAGUCGCCGCUGGCCAUGGCUUUGCAGAUACUGGUGCCUUUUCUCCUGGCUGGCUUUGGAACGGUGUCAGCUGGAAUGGUGCUGGAUAUUGUUCAGCACUGGGAGGCCUUCAAGUUCAUCACAGAGAUCUUCAUCCUGGUUCCUGCUCUGCUGGGCCUGAAGGGGAACCUGGAGAUGACUCUGGCCUCCAGGCUGUCCACAGCUGUAAAUGUUGGGAAGAUGGACUCUCCCAUAGAGAAGUGGAACCUAAUCAUCGGCAACCUGGCACUGAAGCAGGUCCAGGCCACGGUGGUGGGGUUCCUGGCAGCUGUAGCAGCCGUCGUACUCGGUUGGAUCCCAGAGGGGAAGUUUCAGAUGAGCCAUGCUGUUUUGCUCUGCUCAAGCAGCGUGGCCACAGCCUUCAUAGCCUCCCUGCUGCAGGGUAUCCUCAUGGUCGGGGUAAUUGUGGGGUCGAAGAAGACCGGCAUCAACCCAGACAACGUAGCCACACCCAUCGCUGCCAGUUUUGGUGACCUCAUAACUCUGGCCAUCCUGGCCUGGAUAAGCCAAGGCCUCUACAAAUGUCUGGACUCCUAUCCUUACGUAUCAUCGUUGGUUUGCGCCUUCUUCAUGUGUCUGACUCCUCUGUGGAUGGUCAUUUCCUCCAAGCACCCGGCAAGCCGCACGCUGCUGUACUCCGGAUGGGAGCCAGUCAUCACCGCCAUGGUCAUCAGCAGUAUCGGAGGACUCAUUCUGGACAAAACAGUGUCUGACCCUAACCUAGCCGGCAUUGUAGUAUACACCCCAGUUAUCAACGGUAUUGGAGGAAACCUGGUGGCCAUCCAGUCCAGUAGGAUUUCCACACACCUGCAUUUCCACUGCGCUCCGGGAGAAGUUCCUGACGAGGCCAAGGGCUGCUACUACCCCUGCCGCACAUUCUGUGGCACAGGAGCAAAUCAUCGCUCAGCUCAGGUUCUGCUGCUUCUGGUGCUCCCCGGCCACCUGAUCUUCCUCUACACCAUCCACCUGAUGAAGAGCGGCCACACCACGCUCACCCCCAUCUUCAUGUCCGUCUACCUGGCUGCUGCUCUGCUGCAGGUUCUGCUGCUGCUGUGCAUAGCAGACUGGAUGGUUCACUCCAUGUGGCGCAGCGGCAAAGACCCCGACAGCUUCUCCAUCCCAUACCUGACGGCUCUGGGGGACCUGCUGGGCACAGCGCUGCUGGCGCUCAGCUUCCACUUCCUGUGGCUCAUCGGAGACCAAGACAGCGAUGUGGGAGACUGAGCCGGCCGCCGCAGCUAGAACACCCAGCUCUGGCGCCCUCUUGCCCUGAUGGAACCCGGUGCGUUCUCUCACGGCCGCUUCAAAUUCUGGAAGUAACUUUAUCUACAAGUUGGGAUAGACUCACUUUCUCUUCUGCCUUGUUUUCUUACAUGUGGAAGGCUUCAUACUCUUAAGACUCUGAUUUUAUGUUGGGUUUUUUGCAGCCAUUCUGAUCUGCAUCUUUUGUACCAAAGCGUUUGAGUUUUAUUUUGCUGGUUUUGUCGAGAGGAGAACGAAAACAUGGCCUUCUUCUCAUCAAAGAGCUGGAAAUAUUUUGGAAAUUUUGGGAACUUUUUAUGCACAAGUAAUCCCAAAACGAACUCCCUGUGAAAAGCCAAGACCGCAACGGCCGAAUGAGAGAGAGAACCUUAAAGGCAGCGACUGUGACCAAACCGGCUGAAACCGGAACAGACAUCAGCUGACAUCCUCCAUUCAGCAUGUUUUAGCACAAACACACACACACACACACACACAGCCUUCUGUUCCCAUAGGUUCAUUCCACCUUCAUCACAUGGGUCCUGACAUCAAGGUUUAUGAAUGUUUUAAAGAGUCCCUCCUCCACCUGUUGCUGAGCAACUGCUGGUCAGCUGGCUGAAUGAAUAUUUUUUCUCACUUGCAAAAACAGCAGAAUUAUGCAGUUCAAUAUUUCUGCUUACAGAAGAGGGAAGUUGGUGACCCCAAACAUCUUUUUGGUAACAGAUGGUACUUUUACUGAAGGUUCUCAUGAUGCCUUGUGAAAUAACAGCUCUGUUCAGAAUAAAUAUGUCAUUUAUUAUCUCAACAUUUAGCAUUAGCAUAUGUAGCAAUCAGAUGAAUUAGCUGAUGAAAAUGAAGAAAUAAAAAGCUGUUUAUCGAUAAAUUUCUGUUUAUGCUUUAAAUUCCAUUAAUUAUAUUCUAUAUUCUAUUUUUGUCAAGCAAGAAUAAAUUGUGUAUUCUUGCUUUGUGUCUAAGCAGGAAGAGGAAAUACUGUAGUUUCUGUUUGGAUGCCAGUUCACCCCUUUGCCAGUUUAUACUUCACAUCCUUAUUAAUAUCAUCUGAGUUCAUUUCAGUUGGUUGGUGUUUUUGAAUAGUGCAGCUACACAGUUGUACAAAAUGCUCAAAUUUUCUGUAUUUUCAAAUUGCGUAUUAUUCUCUAGAUCAGUGUUUCCCAACCCUGGUCCUCAAGGCACACUGCC